GAAGUGUAGCAUCCGGUCCAACAGGGGGCAGCACUGACCGUUAGUCCUGCAGCUAAUGCCAAUGUUCUGUUUACAAACAGAGACCGGAAGAUAGCGUUAGCUUAAGGUAGCUUCGUAUUGCAAAAUAAAUAAGUCACUUCUGUGGUUUACGUCGUCUGGAUAAUAAUUUUAAAGCAAGGUAACUUUGGGUUAUGGUACCGAAUCAUGUGCCUUAUGUCGUCUUAAGUUCUAAAGCUUUGUGGAUCUAAAUAUACUGCUGAAGCUAAGCUAACCUCUUUGCUAAUGCUAAUAAAGGCUGGUUAACAACCCCUUCAUUUUAAGAGAGAUACAUUGACGCACUGUAAUUUAUGGUAAAUCACAUGUGUGAGGUAGAUUUCAGGAUUAACCCAACGGAUUACUACUUGCCCUGUAAAAUAUAAACAUACCUACGUUAGCUUGCUAGCUUACUAGCUACAGUCCUUAAUGUCAUACCAGACUCAGUGUGAAGCAGUGUAAGAGAAUCAUUACUUCCGUAUCAGUAUGCUGCUGUUGCUUCAGAAUUGUUUAAAAAUAGCAGUUUAUUGCUCAGACUAACUUUCAGUUAAACAACUUCAAUAACUGGUUGAACUUUAAACCUGACUCUAAACUCUCUCAUUAUGGCUGCUUUAGGCUUUAAUCCUGCCAGCGGCCAAGAUCUUUUCAGCAUUGACACAGUAGAACAAUCCAGCUCUAUAACAAACUGUGCCCUUAGUGGGGAAGAGGUCAGACAAUUUUACGAAAAUGUAAUGAAAGAUAGUCAAGGGCAAGACAAAUCAAGGAGGAGAGCAACUAGCAAGGGUGAUAAUGGCCGAGAGCAUCAGAGGGACAGAGAGCCCAAUAGAAGAGAGAGGAGGAGAGCCAGGGCCGCAGAGAUGCAGCAGGCUCAAACAGACUUUGUAGUUCAGAGAGGGACGAGUAGUGAACGUGAAGGCAGCACAAGAAGAGACACAAUCAUCUCAGAAAGCACCAUGGAGCUCCUGGGGCUCAGGUUUCUGCGCUGUGCCAAUGAUGGUGACAUCUCUGGCCUGAAAGACCUGCUCUCAAAGGGUGUCGACAUCAACUUCCAGGAUACUUACUUUUGGACGGCAAUGAUGUGUGCAAGCUGGUCAGGACAAAGAGCAGCGGUGCGGCUGCUGCUGCAACACGGAGCAGCCUGGGUCGGAGUGGUUGAUACACAAGGCAAGGAUGCCAAAGACCUGGCGCUGGAAGCGGGCCACAAUGAGUUAUUGGAGGAGUUGGAGAGCUAUGGGACAAGUGCACAGAGAGACACACAAUCUGAGAGCAGUACGUCCCAGCCUCAGUGGUGCGGUGUGUGUUGUAGCGAGUACAGCAGCAGCCUGUCGUCACAUCUCUCCUCCACUCUUCAUCUGUUCAGUCUGCGGCGUGCUCCCCCCACACCCUACUACUGCCUCCCCCCCUCCAGCAACAGCUACAAGAUGAUGGUUCGCUGCGGCUGGAAACCAGGGACAGGGCUGGGGCCGGAGGGAGAGGGGCCGAAUCAACCAGUGCCAACAGUGCUGAAGAGAGACCAGGAAGGCCUGGGAUAUGGACACAUGAAAAAAGCCAAAGUGACUCACUUCCAACCCAGGGACUCUGCCGCAGUGAAACGACCACCCAAGGAGAAAGAGGACGGCAAAGGAAAGAGGAAGGAAGAGAGUAGGAGAAAAGAACAGAGAGACAAGAUCUGGGAAAGAGAUUUCCGUGCCUCUUUUUAUCUUUGAAACCUGCUCAAAGUGACUUUUGUAAAAGUUCUCUCUUCCAGACGCAUCUAAAAGUAUCUCUCAAACAGUACACCAAUCUGUUAUCAACAGGGGGGUUUAUAAGCUGCAGCAGCUCUGUAGCCUCUGCAGGAUGCUGGAACUUUGACAUGGAAGAAAAGUGAGUUUGUGUGAGUGAACGCAUGAAGAGUGGAUGCAGUGGCGUACGUAAUCACAGUGGAGGUGUUUGUAAAGGUGCAGGGAGAUGUUUUCCCACUUCGACUCUACCUCAGACCUGUUUCCUUAUAUGGUCAGUCUUGCUGCUGUUGUGCAACGACCAAAUAUGGCUUUGAUUUAUCUUUAUGAUUGUGUUUUAUUCCGUUUGACCUCAGUGGUGUUUACUCAUUGUAAACCAUUAAGACUGUUUCAUAAGGCCUUCAUUUAUUUAAUAUACAUCCACUCAUUAUGGUUCAUUAUCCAGGAAAAUAAAUGUUCUUAAUAUGAAA